GUAGAAUCCAGCAAAAUGGUGUCGGAAGGCAGCUCAUUCUUCAAGGGCAUGAUCCUGGGAGGUGCCUUCUGCCUGUUACUGGCUCUUAUUGGAACCUUGAGUCCGGUUUUAUUUCAGACAGAACAUCAUGACCACCACCAUCUCCAACCCCUCAGCAAAGAUGAGCUACAAAAGUUAAACAAAGCUGAAAUGUCCGUGCUCACCAAUGAGGUGCGGGUGUAUUGCGUCAUCAUGGUCACACCCAAAGCCCUGCUGCAUUGGGCUGCCACCAACGAAACAUGGAGCAAACACUGUGACAAGGCGGUCUUUUAUAGUUCCGAAUCUGCUAAAGUAUUGGAGUCUGUCGACCAGCAGGAGACGGAUGAGUGGGUCAGGCUGCAUAAAGCCAUCCAGCACGCCUUCGAGAACGCAGAGGGCCUCCGCUGGUUCUUUAUCGCUCGGCCUACGACUUUCGCCAUCAUUGAGAACCUCAAAUAUCUGGUCCUGGAUAAAACAUCCAGUCAACCGUUCUACAUCGGGAACGUGGUGAAAUCUGGUGAACUGGAGUAUGUGGAGUAUGACAGUGGCAUCGUGCUCAGCCAUGAGGCUGUUAGUAGACUCAUGGAAGUGUUCAAAGAUGAAAACAAGUGUCCUGAGCAAGGCUACUCCCUGUGGAAGCUGAGUGAAGAGAAGCAGCUCGCGACUUGCCUAAAGUACAGCGGUGUGUUCGCCGAGAAUGGAGAGGACGCUCAAGGCAAGGGGCUUUUUAAUAAAAAGAGUGUGAGCACGCUCAUUUCGGACAGCAUUUCACAGAACCCUAAUGAUGUUGUAGAAGCAUGUUGUUCUGACAUGGCUAUCACGUACGGUGGCAUGACACCCAGUCAGAUGCAGGUCAUGAUGUAUGGAGUUUAUAGACUGAGGGCGUACGGACACAACUUUCAAGACUCGUUGGAGUUUUUACCUCCGAAAAACUCGGACAAUGACUAAUCCUGACUAAACCACAUGAUGCAAUAAGAAUAUCGUACAUCGCUCACUCUUGAUGAGCAUUAUUAAACUGUUAUGGACCAAGGUGGUGCUGGAUAUACGGGGCUAACAUUCAGAAUUUUAUCGUAACUUGGUGAAGUGUUUCUCUCUUAAUCUGCUUUCAAUACCAAAAAGAAAAUACAAAGUGUGAGCCAACAUUUCUUUGUUAAUAUAAAUACAGAUGGACGAUUUUUGUAUCACUUUGUUAUGAUAAACUAUGUCAGAUGGCGUAAUCGUCAUCGAGUUCACUUGAUUACACAAUUCAAACCCAACUGUAUCAGAAAUGCCUUUAGGGGGAGCUUAGAUGACAUCGCGAGUUCGUAUCCCAGCUCUGCUACAGGCAGGCCGGACUCCUGUACAGACAGCGAUCGGCUCGUCUGAGGGUGGGAAUGCCGGAAGGAAGUUCCUGCAAUUAUGACCUCUGGUGACUGGUCGAUGGCACCUGCACUGGGGCGAGGACAAUGGAGAUCGGUGCAUGACUCGUGCAUGACACUUAUGUGCGUGAUACGGAUCUCCAUAUACACUGAUCAGCCAUAACAUUAAAACCACCUCCUUGUUUCUACACUCACUGUCCAUUUUAUCAGCUCCACUUACCAUACAGAAGCACUAUGUAGUUCUGCAAUUACUGACUGUAGUCCAUCUGUUUCUCUACAUACUGUGUUAGCCUCCUUUCACCCUGUUCUUAAAUGGUCAGGACACCCCGCAGAGCAGGUAUUAUUCAGGUGGUGGAUCGUUCUCAGCACUGCAGUGACAAUGAAAUGUUGGUGGUGUGUUAGUGUGUGUUGUGCUGGUAUGAGUGGAUCAGACACAGCAGCGCUGCUGGAGUUUUUAAAUACCGUGUCCACUCACUGUCCACUCUAUUAGACACUCCUACCUAGUUGGUCCACCUUGUAGAUGUAAAGUCAGAGACAAUCGCUCAUCUAUUGCUGCGGUUUGAGUUGGUCAUCUUCUAGAUGGAGCUGUUGCCUGGAUAUAUUUUUGGUUGGUGGACUAUUCUCAGUCCAGCAGUGACAGUAAGUUAUUUAAAAACUCCAGCAGCACUGCUGUGCCUUAUCCACUCAUACCAGCACAACACACACUAACACCACCACCAUGUCAGUGUCACUGCAGUACUGAGAAUGACCCACCACCUAAAUUAUACCUGCUCUGUAGUGGUCCUGGGAGAGUCCUGACCAUUGAAGAACAGCAUGAAAGGGGGCUAACAAAGCAUGCAGAGAAACAGAUGGACUACAGACAGUAAUUGUACAACUUAUAUAUAUAGUUUGCAGAGGCAUUGGUGUAUGUUGGAGAUUGGAUUCAGUGGAUCAGUGCUACCUUGAUUUACAGAAUCAUAAUUAAUCUUAUCCAUCAUUUUGUUUUAUUGCUGGGAAUUGAGUGUUAAUAUGGAAUUCAAAUGAUUCAGUUAUUAUAAAUAAAUAAAACUUUUAGAA